AUGGUAAUUUUGAAUAUAAAGCCAAGCGAUGUCGCUCGAAUAACUUCAGGACAGGUUAUAACUGAUCUUGUAUCGAUUUUGAAAGAGUUGGUGGAAAACUCCAUAGAUGCUGAAAGCACAAAGUUAGAAAUCAUAUUCAAGAACAACGGUUUGGAAAGUAUAGAAGUCAUUGAUAACGGAGUGGGCAUAAAAAAAGAGGACUAUGAUAAAAUAUGUUUGAGGCAUCAUACGUCAAAGUUAGAAUCUUUGGAGCAUCUUGAAACAGUGGCUACUUUGGGGUUCAGGGGAGAGGCGUUGGCAUCGUUGAACUCUAUUGCAAACCUAACACUUACUACGUGUACCAAGGAUGAUAAUUCCAAGGCCAGUCAAUUGAAAUUUACAUCAAUGGGUGAAUUGAAGGAAACGAAAACUGUUAUUGGUGGGAAAACGGGUACCCAUGUUAAAAUAACGGAUAUUUUCCAUAACUUGCCCGUUCGUUUCAAGAGCUUAGAAAAGACAAUAAAAAAAGAGUAUAAUAAGGCGAUCACAUUAAUUAUAAGUUAUCUAUUGAUAUACCCUCAAAUUAGAUUCAGCAUCUAUAAUCAUAACUUAGCCACAGGGAAGAAGAAUUUGGUUAUGGGGACACAAGGACUAAAAAGAUCAACAACACUAGAUAGUUUACUUGCUGUUUUUGGAAGCAACGGAUCUUAUGGGCUUGUGCCACUUGAUAUCGACUUGAAAGAUUUGGAAGUUAAUUUCAGAUUAAGUUCCGGUGUCUUUCCAGUAAUGACAACUUUAAAUCUCAAAUUCGAAGGAUACAUAUCAGAUAAAUCAUUUGGCAUGGGGAGAUCAUCCAGUGAUAGACAAUUUGUUUACAUCAACCGACGUCCAGUAACCAACAAAAGGAUACUAAAAACAGUAAACGAAGUUUACAAACUGUUCAACCAUACACAAUUCCCAGUAGUCGUAUUGAAUAUUGUCAUUGACCCUCAAAUGUUAGACAUUAACGUCACUCCUGAUAAAAGAACUGUGUUUAUAAGGCAUGAAGACUUAAUUAACGAUGUUUUAAGGGAAGAAUUGUCAAAUUUCUACAAUUCACUGAGUAUUUUAAUACCAAAGAAUGCUUCUAAAUCGUCCCAAGAGUUUACGCAGAACAGUAAUAGCAAUAUCACUUGUUUGCAAAAUUCAAAGGUUAAUGUCACCAUUGCUAGCACACCAUGUGUAGAAGAAGGCACUCUGGAGUCUAGUAACCAUGAUGCUCACAUAUCAUCCAGUGAUUCAAAAUUUUGCCCCAGUGAGAAUAAAGACGACGACGCAGCGGUGAUCCUGGCCACUUUAACUGAGGAACCUAUGGAGGAUAGUUCAAGACAUUCAUCGCCAGAAUUUGCUCAGGAUAGAGUGGAGUUAGAUAAUACUCCAUCUGAAACUCUGGAACCAACUACUCUUAAACGAAAUCAAAUAGAUAAUGAUUUUCAUGUCGAAUCAGAUAAGACAUCUCUGUUGCCGUCACUUUCAACUUCAACGAUUUCAAGGACUAGAAGCUUGAGAUCAAGAAGCUCUAACCAAUCAACUCUUGAAUCAAAGUUACAAAGUCAUCCCAAUAUUAUAAAAAGACCUAAUGAAAGUCCCCCUCGAAGCUCAAGAGAAUAUGAUAAAAGACAGAAAAGACAUAUUUUAGAGAGCGACACUCACUGUUAUAGUUCCAAUAUUGAUGUCUCAAUGGAUAAAAUCAAGGACGCAGUCCUCAAGUCAACAAGAUGGCAAGUCAAUGAUUCUGGCGUACCUAGAAAUAAAAUUCGAAUUCAGAACAUUGAAUUACAAGAGGAGCAAGAAGAAAGAAUGUCCUAUACAGUGUCUAAAGAGGAUUUUUCAAGAAUGAAUAUUAUUGGCCAAUUCAAUUUAGGGUUUAUAUUGGUUAGUAAGGAUAAGAAUUUGUUUAUUGUGGAUCAACAUGCUUCUGACGAGAAAUUCAAUUAUGAGAAACUAAUGAGGGAGACGGUCUUCCAAAGUCAACGAUUGGUGGCACCCAAAGCAUUAGAUUUGAAUGUCAUUGACGAAAUGACAGUUGUUGAUCAUAUGGAAAUAUUUACAAAAAAUGGAUUCGUGCUUAAAUACAAUCCUGAUAAUACUCCUGGGAAGCGUAUACACUUAGUCUCCCUUCCGGUAUCUAAGAAUACUUUGUUUAGUGAGGAUGAUUUAUUUGAGCUUAUUCACUUGAUUAAACAGGCACAUUCCAGAAAAGGUAGCCAUAUAAAAUGCAGUAAGGUAGAAUCCAUGCUCGCUAUGAGAGCCUGUCGAAGUAGUAUUAUGAUUGGUCAGCAUUUGACGGGACCUACAAUGGAGAAAGUGGUGUCAAAUCUAAGCACAUUAGACAAGCCUUGGAAUUGUCCGCAUGGAAGGCCCACAAUGAGGCACUUAUUAGAAGUUGAACUUUAUAAGGGGUCAAUGCAGGAUUAUGAACUUUAG